GACUCUAGAUAGUUGAUGCCAUGAGCGACGCCCAGGGCAAGGAAACCCAACGAGAGAUCACAGGAGGAAAGGCCCAGCACGGAGGCCGCCGGCGGGCUCGCGAGGAGCGCGCAGACCGAGAGCGGAGCCCCUGGGAGCGCCGCAGCCCGGCACCAUGUGCGAGCUGUACAGCAAGCAAGACACCCUGGCGCUGAGGAGCAGGCACAUCGGGCCCUCAUGCAAAGUUUUCUUUGCUGCGGAUCCCAUCAAAAUAGUGCGAGCCCACCGGCAGUACAUGUUUGACGAGCAAGGUGCACAGUACUUGGACUGCAUCAACAAUGUUGCCCAUGUGGGACACUGUCACCCAGAAGUGGUCAAAGCUGCCCUGAAACAGAUGGAACUGCUCAAUACAAAUUCUCGAUUCCUGCAUGACAACAUUGUUGAGUAUGCCAAGCGCCUUUCAGCAACCCUGCCGGAGAAACUGUCUGUUUGCUAUUUUACAAAUUCAGGAUCUGAAGCCAAUGACUUAGCUUUACGCCUGGCUCGGCAGUUCAGAGGCCACCAAGACGUGAUCACUCUUGACCAUGCUUACCAUGGUCACCUGUCAUCUUUAAUUGAGAUCAGUCCAUAUAAAUUUCGAAAGGGCAAAGAUGUCAAGAAAGAAUUUGUGCAUGUGGCACCAAAUCCAGAUAUUUAUAGAGGAAAAUACAGAGAAGACCAUGCGGACCCAGCUGGUGCUUAUGCAGAUGAGGUGAAGAAAAUUAUUGAAGAAGCUCAUAGCAGUGGAAGGAAGAUUGCUGCCUUUAUUGCUGAAUCCAUGCAGAGUUGUGGCGGACAAAUAAUUCCUCCAGCAGGCUACUUCCAGAAAGUGGCAGAAUAUGUACACAGAGCAGGGGGUGUGUUUAUAGCUGAUGAAGUUCAGGUAGGCUUUGGCCGAGUUGGGAAACAUUUCUGGAGCUUCCAAAUGCACGGUGAGGACUUUGUUCCGGAUAUCGUCACAAUGGGAAAACCAAUGGGCAAUGGCCACCCAAUGGCGUGUGUGGUAACAACCCAAGAAAUAGCAGAAGCCUUCAGCAGCUCUGGGAUGGAGUAUUUCAAUACAUAUGGAGGAAAUCCAGUGUCUUCUGCUGUUGGUUUGGCUGUCCUGGAUGUAAUUGAAAAUGAAGACCUUCAAGGAAAUGCCACAAGAGUAGGAAAUUAUCUUACAGAGUUACUGAAUGAGCAGAAGAUGAAACAUACUUUGAUAGGAGAUAUCAGGGGUGUUGGCCUUUUUAUCGGCAUUGACUUGGUGAAGGACCAUCAGAAGAGAACCCCUGCCACAACCGAAGCUCAACACAUCAUCUACCAGAUGAAAGAGAAAAGAGUACUUCUCAGUGCCGAUGGACCUCACAGAAAUGUGCUUAAAAUAAAACCACCUAUGUGCUUCACUGAAGAAGAUGCAAAGUUUAUGGUGGACCGACUUGAUGGGAUUCUAACAGUUUUAGAAGAAGUCAUUGGAGCUCAAAAUGAGAGUGCGAUUUCUGAGAAUACUCCAUGCAGAACAAAGAUGCCCAAUGAAGCCCACUCAGAACUGUUCAGCGACGGCACCCCAGACUCCAGAGAAAAUCCCAGCCAAAAGAGAAAUGGAUUGUGCACAGAUAGACAUGCACUGCUCAGUAAGAGGCUGAAGACAUGAGAGAUCAGAAUUUUAAAGCAAGAUAAAUGUCUAGUUAUAGAAAAUUAAUUCAAACGUCUUCAGUUAAUAGCUGUAUUGUACCCUGUAAAGGUAGAAUUUGCAGUUCAAUUAGAAGUGCAAAUAAAUAGGUCCCUGGGUGAUAAGAAUGAGCCGGAUGAUAAUCAAACCAUGUCAAGAUUAUUCACUCAGCCUCUAGCCUGUUAGUGCCAUAGGAGAUUUCUGAAAGUACUUCAUUUAGUCUGCUAAUGCAAAACUGAGUUUUAAGUUGGCAGUUUUAUGCCUCACAUUUUAAUGUUUGAAAUGGGAGAGUAAAUACAAUAGGUUCCUUAACUUUGGACACUUAGUGCCCUAUAACAUGAAUGAAUCAUUCUUUAAUGAUUUAAUUUAUAUCUAUUUAUGGACUAAAGUAAAAUAAAAGAUGAUGUGAAACAAAAUAUUUUUACUAGAAAAGUGUUCACUUUUCUUUUGCAGAGAAUGUUAGGAUUGGGGUGGUAAACACAAAGCCGUUUGGAAAAAAAAUGAUGUAUAGCAAAUGUUAAGAAGUGUAUGAAUAAUUCAGACUUCUGGCAGGGCAAUAGAUCAAUCAUGAUUGAGGCUUUGGAGGCUGGGAGGGACAAGGAGCAGACCCAGAAACACUCAUAACGAUGUUGCUGAGCAGCGGCAGGAGCCAAAGCUCUGUGGCCACGAGUCAGACCUCAGCUCUGUCUCUCAGGUGGUGACACCUCGACAAGUCCGAUAAGAAAUUAACUUUCAACCAAUUACCUUCCUCUUCUCAUCAAGUUUAUUGUCACUUCCACACACUCCCUCACACACAAGAGCAGGAGUGCACACACACACGUGCAUUUCUAACCAGACACUGACAAAGGGGAAUGAGGAAACUUACAACCUCAAAAAUCUCUUCCUUACGUGCAGGUGCCAGUUGGAGGCUAGUAUAUGAACUGGAAGAAAUUUUAAUUUCAGUAUUGACUUCCGGUUAUCUUUAUUGCCUUCCCAACAGCUAUUAAACUUUUUGUUUUGUUUUUUGUUCAUAAGGAAAAGAAAACAAUUUGGCUAUGUCUAUGUUAUGAUAAUUGAGAGGGAUGUUGGGAGGGAAGUUAAUUGCAAAAAGCUUCCUUUCUGAGUUUGUCAUAAAUUAAAAUGCUAUAAAAAGGCAAGGUCUCAUUAUUAAAUUCUUUUUGCUCCUAAAAGUAUAA